AUGACAGAUAGCAAGCCGUCACCAUCGCACAUUGUCGACGAGUCCGAACAGCCUGGUGCUGGACCGUCGACUGCCAUCAACCUUCCUAGCUCUGAUGAAGCCGCACCGAGCUACAGCAGCCACUUUAAGGGCCCGGAGCAGUUCGUACCUCAAGGAGGUGAAGAGCCCCCUCCAGCGUUUACUCCAUACGAGGCAGAGUACUUCGUUUCCGGAGCGCACGGUGCCAUCGUCUCGCACGACUCCCACUUGAAUGAAGACGGAGAGGCUUUAUACCGCUUUCUGUUGUCGCAUGCCGAGUCAUUCCCCGGUGUCCACGUUCGGAUAUACGGCUCACAUAAAGAAACUGUCUCUCAUUUGGUGGCUCGCCAGGAUAGCUGCGGUCAACGCCACAUGGUGCGCGAACACGACACUGAAGAGGUCACAGGCAUGUACGCCUCCUGUCUGGUUUCACUCGCAACUAAUGCGGUUUUGCGCUCAGAUUUCGACUUCAUGAUAGACGUAGGGCAACACAUUGCAUCAGGUCCGAUCCAUUGGAGUGUGCCUGAUGAGGAGCCAGCGUAUAGAGGAAAGAUGUACAAAGAGGUAGACAUAUACGCCAGCAACCAGAACGCCGACGAAGAGGAGGCAUUGUUUACAACAUUGCGAAGGAAAGCUACGAAAGAAGAAAUCAAGAUGGCCCGAUCGCAUAGAGAGGAGAGGAUGGCAAAAGGGCUGCCUCCUUGGGCUGCAAUAGACGAGAGUCAAGCGGGCCACGGUGCUGAUGCCUUAGCAAUACAGGCCAACGUACUGAAGUCAUCCAAGACUCUUCGGCAGUGGGCCGAUGAAUACUGUGCCAGUAACAAACUACUGAAAGAGUUCACCUACCGAAAGGUCAUCUACGGCUGGAAUCUGGCCAACUUAGAGGCAGCCAUCAGCGCCGCCGUCAAAUCGACAUACUACACGGGCAAUUUCGAAGUGCAUUUUGAGCUGACGAACGCCAAGAUCCACAUACGCCCUGACAACUGGCUUUCACGCACGCUCUCAAACAAGUGGCUAAAGUUCCUGCUUUUCCUCUUCCUCAUCUAUCCCUUCAUCUGGCUGUACCAGCGGUUCGGUCGGCGCGGUGGUGGUCGUUGGGAGGUUUGCGGCGGCGCCUAUGCGCUGAAGACGUGGCAGCUCGUCGACGCAUCCACCAGGGAGAGCUCGACGAAGUCUUCGCCGCCGCCCCCGUUCUCGACCUUGGACGCCGGCAUCCUUGAUGAUAGGACAAUGCAGACACCAUCAGGGAUGGCAAAACUUGUCGGUCUGAGAGAGGGAGAGUGGUUCCAGCAGUGGGAAGGCACGAUUAGGAGGGCGGUGACCGGUCGGCUGAGGUCACGAAUUUCAUUGCGAGAGCCAGAUGACGGCAGAGCUACCGAGCCAGCGAUAGUGCUAGAUGGUUACAACGGCAACCUGCUCAUACAAGGCACGGAGCCCGGCAACUCAGCUCUUUAA